CAUCAGAGCACCAUUCAUUAGGCUUUGGUUGGAGUAGGGAGCCAAACUGCCUUAGUGGGAAUUUAAAUGCUGCCAACUCUCUCUCUCAGACAAAGCUUUGAGUUUUAACAUGGACUGGUCAAAGCAUCCAAAAUCUGUGUUAAUUAUGGACGAGGUUGAUGGCUUGCUUCUUAAAGGUGUCACCGAAGCAGUAGAAGAAGAAGCAGAAGCAGCAGGUACUGUAUUUUUAUACAAUUUUCUCCAAGAAGAUAGUCAUGCAUGUGAUUUAGCAGUGAAGAAAAAGAAGGAGACAAGUUUUAUUCUUUUGCCAGAGAAGAAGAAGGUGACAAGUUUUAUUCUUUUGCCAGAGAAGAAGGUGACAAGUUUUAUUAUUUAUAGAUGCGGAUUGGCUUGUUACCCGAGGUUGUAUCGUGGUGAUCAAGUGCUAAAUCCUCUUACACCUUGGGAUAGACCUCCAUUGAAAAACAUUUUCUGUAUAUAUGGGAUAGAUAUGAAGACUGAGGCUGAGAGUCUGCAACAUGGACCUGAUGAGGUCCGCCGCAUUAAGCAAAUCCGAGUGACAGGCCAGAGCUACCUGUUGAGGUUGCAAGGCCUGCUACACACAAUUCAAAUGGAGAAUGUUGGUGGAGGCAAUGAUGAUGUUGGCCUGGAAGCAGCAGAAGAUGGACGGGCAGUGUUAUCUCAGGGUCCGCCAAGCACGACGGCACCGGUGAUGACGGGCGCGACCAUGACUUUGUAUUAUUUGUGGAACCUAAUGUUGUGUAACAGUUUGAUUGAGUUAAACUUUAAAUAGACUGUUGUUAACUGUUUUGUUGGUAUUGUGGCUUUCAUGAUUGAUUGUUUCA